AUGGAGACUUGGAAACGUGAAAGAUUAACACAUCAUAUUAUACAGUCUCUUUAUGAGGACUGCACCGAGAAGCUUAUGUACAUUAAUUGGGUUCUUACUGUAUCGUUUAUCUAUAGUGUAUUUGAGAUUCUGGCCUCGCUCAUGAGCAAAUUGGAAGAGUCAAAAGAAGUCACUAGUUCAAUCGUUGAUCGGUUCUGUGCGAGUUCGUGGGAUCCUUCAAAUCUGAGUGCUUUGCUGACAGUUCUAGUGGACAAAGACCUGCGAUUGUCCUCCAUGGUUCCUAUAAUUAAGAAGGCAUUUGAGUGCAUCAAAAGCAGCGUCCUAUCCCCAGAAGUUCGAGCUACCUCACUCUGUACUCUCCUACGAUUUAAAGAUCUGAUUUGCAACGGGAUUCGUGAGUUAGUUUCCUUGCUUCCGCUUCGCUUUCUCCUUACGGUAAUGCGUUCGCCGCUAACUAUUGAGUUUCAUCUCUCGUUUAGAGCCGAGGCGGCUGUUGAUCUGCUUGAGAAAAUGCUUUCUUGUCUCAUGUCGACCUUCAAAACUCACGAAUUCAUGACUGAACAAAUUGCCAAAACUCUGAAGACUCUUCCCGUUUCCAGUGUUCUUGGGACGUUUUCCUUUGUUCUUGCAACACUCAUUCUUUCAGGCGAAUCGAAACACGCACAACAGAUAAUGAAACAUCUUUGCUCCGCGGUUGCUUACACCUAUACCAGCAACGAUCGGAUUUCUGGAUCGGCUUUCUUGCGCAAAGUGUGCGAUCCGUUUCCGCAACUCGAGUUCACUGCUGACCAAAUUCUCUCCAAUUGUUCGGGCACCGUAUGGGGUGGUGUGAUUAAUGGUUUGAUCCGUCACUGCUUCGCAUUACUCAAGUCGGGUGGCGGAGCUCUUGGCAGAUUUGGUUCUGCAAGCAUUGGAGAAGGUGGACCUCUGGGUCCGGUCCGUUGUCCGGCCGCCAAGUCCCAGCGCGCUCUGACAGUGCGGAAGUUAAUUCAGCUCCAACAACAACAACAGGAUCGUAACCUCUCUUCUUCUUUAUCUCCGAAGUUGCGAAUAUCCCGCUUGGCUAUCAAUGUGCUCACAGAAAUUUUCCAGGUGAUGAUAAGUAAUCUCAGAUUUGUGAAAUUUCGUUUUCCAGUCUUAAAACUUAAAGAUAUAAGCCAUUCACUUAAGACUCUGCCAGGAUAUCGUGAGAAUAUCGUGGGGACUGCACUGCAUCAAAUCUGGUCGGAACCGGGAAAAUCAAUGUGCUUUCAAGUGAUAGGUAAGUUUGCUUCAUUUCAGUCUACUGACAAACUCAUCCGCUCUGCUCUCUGUCCGGUCGAAUUUGCCGAGGCUUCAGUGGAAUCGCUAUUUCCUCUUAUGGAGUGCCUCGGUGUCUUUCCGUUGGAUGUCUCUACGGCCAUUCUUCAUGCUCUUCUUCCUCUCUUCGUGGUCUCUGUUACUUGCAUCAAAAAUAAUGACGCUGGCGGUGGUCCCAGUGGCAUCAAAUCUUUGGACUCCCUUGUUUCCCUCCAAUCGCGUGUCAUUCUGACUCUGAGGAAGAUGGCUGCUGCCUACUCGGCUCCUAUGCGCCGAAUCGCUGUGGCAGGAUUUGUCAUUUUGCUAAAAAACCUGCGAGUUAGAAGCUCUAAUUUCCGCACCGCCUCUCAACAGUCUUGGUCUAUGAGCUCGCACUCAUCAAUGACCAGUCAACCCUGGUUUUCCUCUCUCACUUCCUUCUCUCAGAUGCCUGCCUCUGGAGGUUUUCCUUUGUUCUCUCAGAUCUAUAAUACACAGGUGGCACAAGCAAUGACAAUGUUACCAACGGAUCCGAUGCGAAACGAAGCUCUGUGCACUGAGAUUGUGGGUCUUCUGCAUCGCCUAAUCAGCUCCACUUUCUUCGGUGGUACAAGCGGGUUUCCUCUUAAUGAUACCGCUGCUCUAGUAAAGUCGGACAUUUACUGGGGUCUCUGUGAGGUGGCUGUGUCCAACCGCGGUCUCGUCGGUCCCGUAUUGACUCUCCUUACUCGCCUCCUCUCGGCUUCUAUUGAUCCAGCCUUAGCUAAAUGGAAACCUGUCUUCAAGGACGGCGCCUUCGGACUUCCACAGGCUUUCAACGGCCUCCCGCUAAAAUUGAGCCAGCUCAUCUCGAUUGACUCUGAAUCUGGUUCCGAACUAUGCUUCCAAGAUCAUCCAGAGGUCCUUGUUUGGUGUCUACAGAUCCUCCUCAGCUUGCCUCUUUUCCGCCACCACUGGUCACGUUUUGCACGUACUUUUACUGAGCCCAAGGAGGGCAUCACGUCGGAGUCGUCAACUUCCAGUCAAUUUACCCAGUCCUCCACCAGCGUUCUCUUCACGCAAUCAACACCCAUCUGUGGUCCGGGAGGUUUCUCUAUGCGCCUCUUCAGUCGUGCCGCCGGUCUUCUCAUCAAUCUUACCUCUGGGCUGCGCGAGACGGCACUGGACGAGUUUGGUUUGACAUCUGACUUAGAAUUGGACUCCACUGCGGUAGGGAAUGCGAACCGUGCACGUUUGACGAUGCUCCUGGGUCUCUAUGAUGCAUGUCUGGAAUUUGAGGCAAAAAACCUUCUCAGCGCUGUCACUGAACCUGACCAAACUGAGAUUAACCCUCACUACAGCGCCACUUGGUCCCAUAUGAAGCGCCUUUUCGCUCGUCGCGAGUCCGCCCGGAAGCUCCUCUUCCACCUCCCAGAUGAGGAAGGCAAGGAGAAUUCGUCGGCUCCAGCUCUCACUACCUCUGAAGCUGGAACCAACGUCUGCUUCGUGGGCACUUCAGAGGGACGUUUGCGCGGCGCUCUCCUACUCUCCGGCCUGCAGUCGAUAGUGGGAGCGUUACCACGGGCCCUCCUUUCCGCUACCACGGCUCCUACCUUUGCGUUACACCUCCUGCAGACGGCCUGCACGCGCCUCUCUGAGCUCACGUCUGCAAAUGUUGGGGCUGUUGCAGGAGGUAGUAGUAGGUCCUCCCAGCAGCCUCUCCUUUCAGUCGUCUACCGUGCCGCCUUCGUUCGUAUUGUAGCACGGAUUCUGCGUCUCACAAUUCGCUUUUAUGCGACCUACCUGGAAGCCGUAGAGCUUGGAGCGCAGAACUCCGUAUCUUUUGAAGCCGUUGCAACAGCUGCGCUGCAAACCACUGCACUGUGUUUCUGGGUUGUUACGGAGGGCGUUGGCAGUCGACGUCUGCUGCGACUCGUCUGUUCACUUUACUCAGUAGUGGUUGCCCCCAAACCGCUCUCCGAGGGCGAUGUUGAUGUUGAGGGGGUGGAAGGCGAUGGGAAUGGAGGCAGAUCUGAAAGCAGCAAUAUUGAGGCUGAGCACUCUUGGCAACAAUCUACGUCAAAUCAGUCGCGCGCUCUGAAUGCUGUCGUUAAGCUGUUCAAGGAGUGGGUGACGCGUAUUCUAACUGCUACGUCAUCAUCUUUGGGUACUUCCACCCAACACUCGAUCGGAAAAUUGGCAAUUACUGCUCAUCCUGGAAGUACCCUUCUCACUGAUCUCACUAUCCUUUUACCAAUGCUCAUCCGUCUUUGUGAAGCUAGAACUGUUGUUAUUUCUCCUCAAUCCGCUGACAGGCAAGCAGACGAAAUCUAUUUUUUAAUAUAUCGCUGUUUUUUCAGCAUUUCCUCAUCCUCAAUUCCGGAUUUCUCUGGGUUGGAUCGGGUGCUGAUUUGGCUCCUCCGUCUUUUGGGUGCUAAAGAGGAGACUCUCGAGAUAAAGAUGGGUUACCAUGUGGCAGCUCAUACGGUGCGUCUUGCACUCCAACUUGCACGCCUGUUAGGUUCUGCUGCGGCUUCUGCAUCGCUGGGUCCGGCCAACGUCUUGCACCGACGCUCCACCAGCACCGCCUCUAUCGCUGACUUCACCUGGGACGACCUCGUUAUUCUUCUUGCUGCUGACGUGCGCGCUACCCUCGGUAGCAUUGAAAGUGACCCUUCAAACCCUGUGAAUGUAAAACCUCUUUCCUCACAGUCGAUUUCUUGCAUCCCUCCCCAUGGGUCAUCGAAGGUGACUUUCUCUGUGAUAGACGGCAAAAGUGCGGCCAACUCAAUCCUGCAGGUGUUGUUGUCGGCACUCAGUCAAGCUUUGGAAGAUAUCGUCUGGCUUCUUGAGGACGUCGAGCAAGAAGUGCAGCGAGAUAUCCUCGAAAACGGAUCCUUUCCAACAUCGAGAUCGACGGCAGGAAGUGGCAGUUCCUUUAUCUUCGCAAGUCUGCCUGAUGGCAGAAAGGCUCGCGAAGUAGCUGUGUGCGACAUGCUCUUAACUCUUGGGGAGGCUGUCGAUGAGCUACUGCAGACGUCCAUGCAACCAGCUCAUGCAUACGAUGUUAUUCGAUUGACGACAAGUCUCUUCAACCUCCUGGCCAAGCUCACAAAGCAUUACACAAAUCUUGUUCAGCGAAAUAUAGGCACCUUUCCAAACACUUUUGAACGCGUGGUUCGUCUAUAUGGUCGUCAGAUUUCACCGCAUUCGUAUUCUUUCGUAUACUUCGUUCAGGUAUGGGAAGCAGAAAAGCGUGUCAUCAAACCUGCAAAGAGGGCAAAAAUAGACUACACUUUCACAAAGUCGAAAAAUCCAGCUCCAUCUAGGUUGAUCAUUUCACGCAACCUGAAGGAUGCUAAACUGAUUCCGCAGUUAAUUUUUACUGUUGAACAGUAUGAAAGCCUCCUGUCCAACCUCUCAAAGAGGUCUAAGGCCUCCCUUAGCGACAACAUUUGUAUGGGGCUGUCGAGAGACUUCCGAAUCAAUCAAGCCUCUGCACUGGCCAGUCUGGAGGCCGAAGCAGAGAUUGACAUUGGGGUCGACAUGGAAUUGUCCUCCUUAAGUGAGGGAGAAAAACAACCAACGGGCGAGUCUGAAGAAAGCGUUGGUACCAACAACGAGGACAUUGAUGGGGAUGGUAAUGAUGAAAUUGGAAACUCGACUGCAGAAUGCUAG